AUGGUGUGGACCAAAACAAACUACGUCCCAGGAGCCUACAGAAAAGUGGUGGCCUCUCGAGCCCCUAGGAAAGUGCUUGGCUCCUCCACCUUUGUCACCAAUUCUGCAUUGUGUUCGUCGAGAAAAGCUGAAAAUAAGUAUGCGGAAGGGAACCCAGUUUGUGUGUGCCCAACUCUGAAGUGGCAAAAAGGCAUCAGAGAGUUCUUCAGGCUGUCCCCCAAAGAUUCAGAAAAAGAGAACCAGCUUCCUCCCGAAGAAGCCGGGUGUAGUGGCUUAGGAACAGCAAAGAGAAAAGCACGUCCUUUGCAACCUGAUCACACAGAUGACGAAAAUGAAUAGAACUCAUUCUCCUGAAUAAUGCCUUCAGUUUACUUAGGUAUUCU